UAUUUAUGACUAUGAGUGAUAUGGAAAAAAAGAAGCCCAUCAUCGCAGGCAGAGAGAAAGGGCCUGGUCCAGGUCGCUACGCCUUACCAUCAACCAUUGGCUUUCUAGGCCAUGACUUCACCAAGGCAACUAGUCCAGCAUACUCCUUCCAUGGAAGGAUGAGCGAUAACAUGUAUUAUGUGGAUUCCAGUCCAGGGCCUCGUUAUCACAUUGAUGCAAAGGUCACUAGAUUUGGUAAAGAUGGCAGCCCUGCCUACUCCAUACUUGGCAGAGUGUCGGGUCCAAAGAGAAUAUUCCAGACUCCAGGACCAGGUGCAUACAGCCCCGAAAUAGCUCCUUUAUGCAGCACCCACCGAAGACCACCAUGCUACACCAUGGGCUACCGCACACACUAUCGCUCUGCUGAUACAGUGCCAGCUCCAAACAAGUACACCCUUCCAGCUCUAAUGGGUUCCCAUGUGCUUACGAAACCCGCCAGUGCCAGCUAUACAAUCUCUGGGAGAUUCGAGUCUGGUUGUCAUGCAGAAGACCUGUCAAAGACACCAGGCCCUGGCAGAUACAACCGCACAGACCCCAACGUUUACCUCCCCCGACAACCAGCAUUCUCAAUGCGGGGUAAACACAACAGCAGCCCCAGUGAGGGUCUUUUGAGACCUGGACCUGGAAGUCAUAACCCAGAGAAAGUGACCGUGCAUAAGCCUCAAGCACCUGCUUACACUUUAGGUUUCAGGCACUCUGAAUUUGUUACCCCUUUAGUAGCAGACAUAUAAAAUGGACUUUGUCUGGAAAAGUAGGUGUAAAAAUAGAAUACUAUGAAACA